AUGGCCCCAGCAGCAGUAUCUGUGAAUAUUCCCAACUCCUACGAGGAGCUCAACCUCACUCAUGUGAAAAUUUCCCAUCAUCCAGCAGGGAGUUCGACAGCCACGCCAGUCGUGAUAGUUACGUUGAAUCGCCCGGAAAAGAACAAUGCAUUCACCCCCCAGAUGGCUGAUAGCUUGGAGUUGGCCUUUCGGACAUUUCAUCUGGACUCUCGUGUGAAAGUGGUAGUCUUGACCGGCGCUGGACGAAUGUUCUGUGCUGGAUCGGAUUUGGAGAUUGGGUUUGGGGAUGGGACAGGCAGAGCAGUGGAUUUCCGGGAUAUCGGAGGUCGAGUGACGUUGGCUAUGCAUCGGUGCCACAAGCCCACCGUAGUCGCCCUUCAAGGCUCUGCUGUAGGCGUUGGGAUGACGAUGACACUGCCCGCGGCUAUUCGGAUCUGCCAUGAGAAAAGCAAAUAUGGGUUCGUCUUCACCAGACGCGGCCUCACCAUCGAAUCCUGCGCAUCUUAUUUCCUUCCUCGUCUCAUUGGGCUAUCCCGCGCCAUGUCACUGAUCACAACCGGAAGCGUUUUCCCGGGCUCUUCUAAAUACUUUGGCGACUUGUUCACGGAGGUUUUGCCAGAAGCAGGCCAAGUUCUACCCCGAGCCUUAGAACUUGCACAAGAUAUGGCGGAUAAUGCUAGCACAUUGGCAUCCGCAAUGAGUCGGGCAUUGAUGUGGGAGGGUCCUACAUCGCCCGAAGCAGCACAUCUACUGGAAUCGCGCAUUUUCCAUCAUAUGACAGGCCAAAGUGACUAUAAAGAAGGAGUGAACUCCUUCCUGGAGAAGCGCCAGGCCAACUUCCAGUCCGAUCCUUAUGAGAAGAGCCCUCAGAACUACCCGUGGUGGUCUGAGGUUGAUAUCAAGCUGGUACCCCUGGCUUCGAAAGAGUCCAAACUUUGA